AUGUUUAGCCGAUCAUCGUCCAAGUCACAGGGAUCUUCUGGCGCCGCAGCUUCCAAAAAGGAACACAGGUUCCUCGAGGGUCAGGUCUCGGCCUUGCGGGAGCUGGGCUUGUUCAACCCAUCCGACUCACGUUCUCUGGGCUCGCAGCGCAAGAGGGAGGAUUGGAACAACUACAAUAGCGGCUCAUCGUAUCCGGAAAAGAAUCACUCUCUUAUCGCCACUUAUCGUCAGAACCCUCAUCGAACACCGUCACAUCGCUCAACGACUUCGAGAGGUUCUUCCGCCUCAAAAGACACUUUACGACAGAACCCAGCCAUGUCUGGCAUGAUGAGCGGAGACAGGAGUCGCAGUAGACGAGAGAGGACGUUUGUCGGCAGCGAAUGCGCUGUCUGCGAGGAGCCGCUGGAGCACACCCUUCGUGGCGAGAGGAUUCUUCAAUUUUCUUGCUCGCAUGUCUCACACGAGGCUUGCUUUUACGAGUUCAUACGGGAGUUCGAGUCGCAAUACUGCCCAUCAUGUAACGCGCCGUUACACUUGGACACGAGUCGUGGGGGUAACCAAUUGGACAUCGAGAAAAUAACCAACAUGGUGCGCUCAGCGUCAGCCGGCGACAGCAGAUCAUUGACCACACCGACGCCUGGAACGUGGGACGGUCAAGGCGGGCGGCCUCCAAGCGGAGAAUCUAACCCCAGGUCUGUGCCUAGCAAUGGUCGCGACAGUGUGGCCCGGAGCAACGUCCGAGACGGUCGAGAUGGAUAUAGCGCUUCAAGGGGCCAUGGUCGCAGUGACAGCGAAACGACCGGUGCUACUGGAGCUACUGGAGUCGCUUCUUCUGGAGGCUACCCUGAGACAACUCAGAGCGGUCCGCCCCGGCGCCACGACUACGACUUGCAGGCAAUGGAAACAACACCAAAUAGUCCGAGAGCAAUGACGCGCAACCCGAUCCCGGCGCCGUCUGUAGCAGUUCGAUCAGAAUUCCCUACCAUCAACCGCUCUCGGCAGCAGCAGACACUAACUUGCCUCAUCACGGUGGAAGUUGCUGAUAACAAGUGGAGGCCGGACCCUGAGGACCUGGGUAUGGUGAACCCGAUGCCCCCUAUGCGCGUCGAGGAAGCGUUCGCGCCGCAACGUCCGCCGUCACCCGCAAGAAGUUCCCAGCCGCGCUUCUACCCGUACGAGGCACCAGAAGUGCUCGAAGAAAUGACCGAGAGCUUGCGAAACAAGGUCGAUAACUGGCACGGCUUAGACUUCAAUAGAUUCGGCAAACUUCGUCUCUAUGGCACCCUGCGGGUGGGCAAAGACAAGAUCUCUUGGCAGGAACUGGAGUGCUUCCUCUUCGCCGAGAUGCUCAUCUGUGUCAAAGAGAAGAAGAUACCUCCAAGCGCGCAACAGUGGGAUGAGAAUGGCGUGCCACGAAGAUCCAGCAGAUGCACCUUGAAAGGUUCCAUUCUCAUCAAGAAGCAUCUCAACGAAGUCACGGAAACCGGCAUGGUAGACGAGAACGUCUUGACACUCAGUCUCUCGGUCGCUGAGCUCCCCCAGUUUCAUCUGCGUUUCGAUAACCGGAACCAGCUCAAGCUCUGGCAGCAAGCCCUCCUUGACCUCAACGCGGUUGAGAGAUCGCCCGUCAGAAGCCCCGAAUUCGAGAGGGAACGAGCAGAAGCCUCGGGGACUGACGAAGAGGACUGGGAUCGGGGCAACCGCCCGCAGCGAGUCUCCUCGCUAGCUUCUUCUUCGUGGGGAGGUCCCAAGUCAGUCGGUACUGCGCCGACCGAGUAUACGAACUUCGCCCGGAGCCCCAUGUCGGCGGUCCACGUGCCGAUCGAUGUGGUAGUCGUCGUGCCGAUCUCGUCCUCGAUGCAGGGUGUCAAGAUCAACCUCGUGAGAGACGCGCUCAAGUUCAUGGUGAACACUCUCGGUGAGCGGGAUCGCAUGGGCCUGGUCACUUUUGGCUCUGGUGGAGGCGGUGUGCCGAUCGUUGGGAUGACAACGAAGGCAUGGCACGGAUGGAACAACGUCCUGGCUUCAAUCAAGCCCGUCGGACAGAAAAGUCACCGUGCAGAUGUCGUUGAAGGCGCCAACGUGGCCAUGGACCUCUUGAUGCAGCGCAAGCACAACAACCCGAUUGCGACCAUCAUGCUUAUCAGCGACGCCUCCACUUCCGACGCGGACAGCGUUGACUUUGUCGUGUCGCGAGCCGAGGCUGCGAAGAUAACUAUUCACUCGUUUGGCCUAGGGAUGACUCACAAGCCAGACACCAUGAUCGAGUUGUCGACCCGAACCAAGGCGGCGUACACGUACGUGAAGGACUGGAUGAUGCUGCGGGAGUGCUUGGCCGGCUGCCUUGGUUCGAUGCAGUCUCUGUCGCACCAGAACGUCAAGCUCAAGCUUAAGCUACCGGAGGGCUCCCCGGCCAGGUUUCAUAAGAUCAGCGGAGCACUGCAGAUUACCAAGCGGGCGACGGGUCGCGAUGCCGAGGCUUCAAUGGGCGACCUGCGGUUCGGUGACAAGCGAGAUAUCCUAGUCCAACUAGUCAUUGUUCCCGACACUUCGUCUCAGGAGCAACUCCCUCAGGAUCCCUGGGAGACGAUAGUGUCCGGCUUGGAGGCUUUGGGUGGACCGAUGGAGCAUGACGACCAGCGAGCCACGUCGGUAGAGGAAGUCCCAUUGAUCCAAGCAGACCUGGUCUGGGGCGACAUCCUGCGAGACGGCACCAUGAUGCAUCUACCCCGGCCGUCGUUGCUGGCCAUUACGAUGCUUCCCGCCGCUGGCAACUCGAGGAAGGCUUCGUGGACCCAGAACAACCCCCCGAUUCCUCCUCACCCACACAUCGUGCAGCGUCGUAUGGAGCUACUUACUUCUGACAUGCUGACCCGAGCUUUGACAUUGGUGACCAGGGGUCAGCACGACCGUGCGCACACACUCUUGAACGAGACGCGUUCUAUCCUGAAGGGUCUCGGCAAGGGAGGUCUCCCGCCUGUUCCUCCAGGCCCUGUGCCGCCACUUCCAGGCAAGCACUCGAACCCUUCAACUCCUCACCCUGGCUAUGAUGCUUCGCCAACCUCGGCUACCCCCGACCGCAAACACACACCGUCCCCGACAGCUUCGGCACAUUCUUCGGCCGCAAAUGGUUACCCUCCGCCACUUCCGCGCACUCGAUCCAAUGACGGGUUGGCGCUGAGCAAUUCGGCGGGCGUAGACGCCAGCACCGUUGCUGCUCUUGACGCCGAGCUUGAAGCCAGUCUGGAGUGGAUCAGCCACCCCGCUGUCUUCAGUCGCGACAGUCGCAAAGCCGUUCUCCAGGCUAUUGGUGUCAUCAGCAGCCAGCGGGCCUUUACCUACCGCACACCCAUUGAGAGCCUAUGGGCUUCCAGAGUCAGUGGUGUGAAGCGACUGACAGACAAGAGUCGUGAGUGGAGGGAAGAAGCUGGCGGCGAGGGGAUCAUCGAAGAAGCGUAA